GUAUAUAAGUUGUCGUCUGGGCUCUGUUGGUCACUCAGUACCCAGCAGCUGUCAAGAGAGAGUGAACCAGCAGUCACAACCUGUUAAGAUAUUUACCAAUUUUACUUCUUCUACAGUCAGUCAUGAUGAGGUACGGAUUCUUGUUGCUGUUGGCUCUGAGCCCAGCUGUCUUGGGCUACGGUGUGCCCAGAAAGCCAGUGGUUGAGCAAAAGCAUGAACCCGUGAUCUUCCCCACUGAACCUUUGACACAGGAGCCCAAGGGCUGCCCCACCAACAUCAUCGAGAAGCUGGUGAUCACAACUGAAGUGGUGCCUUCCUACGUCACCGUUACCAAGGAUAACUACGUAACCACCACCCUGCACAACACCGUGUACGAGACCCUCACCUCCACUGUGAUCAACGACAUCAUCGAGACCGUGUACAACACCGAGACCAUUACCAACUUCGAGACCAACUUUGUGACUGAGACAGAACACCUCACCGAUACCGUCAUCUCCACCCUGACCGAGCACAGCACAAUCGUCACCACUGUGGUCAGCGACAACUUCAUCACCGAGACCGCAUUCAAGACCGAGAUCACGACCAACUAUCAAACCGAGUACUUGACUGAAACACAGUACCAGACCGAGACCAUCUCCACCACCAUAGUUGACCUGCAGACUACCUCCCUCUACAUCACCAACGUCGAGAGUGUGACAAAUACCGUAACCGAGUCUGUACCUCACUACGUCACCACCACUUCCCAGGUGGAGAAGCUUGUUACCAUCACCAAGGAAUGCUACACCCCAUCCCCCAUCAAGUCAGGUUACGGGCGUUAAGUCCCUCAACAGACGGUGGUGCAGUGCAUUUGAUGUCCUCAGUAGAUGUUGAUGGGAGCUUCAGCCAUAACGGGGACUUUCAGCACUGACUACUACUACUACUACUACUACUACUACUACUUUAGAUGUUUAUGCGUGGACUUAUAACUUGUGCAAUACUCUGUGAUUUCCACUAUGGCAUUAUUUCCUUCGGGCAUAGUAUCUUAUGUUCUUAGUAUUUGUCUGUGAUGAAAAUGUUAUUAUUUGUUGUUGUAUAAUGAUAUUUAAUUCAAUUGAGUUUCUAAAAGACUGUGAUGAUGUUACUUACGUUUGAUUUACAAUGUCAAUAAAAUAAUUUGUUUA